UUGUCGAGAAAAUUAUAUACGGGCGGCGGCAGAGUCCGCCCCUCGCUAGUUCUAGCCGCAGCAGGACGACUUCUUUUUGCCGCUCGUCCCCGAGAGCCGUGUCGCGCCUCGCGUCGACGCCGCGCCCUCGGCCGGAAUCCUCGCGACGACUUCCCGAGCAAUAGCCGUGAACGUCUCCGACACGUUGAUGUCGUGCUUCGCGGACCUGUGUGGCCACCGUCAGUCACGCCGUCGAGCCGACCCCGAGCGACGAACAAAUUCCCACGCGGCCGCGGACGUCUCCAGGAACUUGACCUCGUACUCGGCCGCGAGCGCGGCGCCCUCCGCGCUCGAGACGCGCCGCUCGGCCUCGUUGUCGCUCUUGUUCGCCACGAGCACCCGAUUGACUUGCGCGUCCGCGUGGUCCGCGAUCUGCGCCAUCCAGCUCCUUACCGAAUUAAACGUCCCCCGGUCCGUGAUGUCGUAGACGAGCACGAUGCCCUGCGCGCCCCGAAAAUAGGACCGCGUGAUGGUCCGGAACUGCUCCUGGCCCGCCGUGUCCCAGAUCUGCAGCUUCACCCGCCGCCCGUCCAGAUCCACGGUCUUGAUCUUGAAAUCGAUGCCGAUCGUCGUGAUGAACGUCGAACUGAACGUGUCGUUCGCGUAGCGCAGCAGCAGCGAGGUCUUGCCGACGGCGCUGUCGCCGAUCAUCAGCAGCUUGAUCUGCAAAUCAAAAGGCCGCGCCGCCGCCAUGGUCGCGCGACCAGAGGGAAUGCGCCUAAGGAGUAGCGGCUGCCCCUUCGCAAAGACCGCUCGCGCAACGUUUCUAAGGCGACGCCGUCGUCGCGUUCGCCGCCGGCCGCUGCAGCGCCGUCCCGCAAAUAUUACGGCGCGCGCGUCUGCUCGACUCCCCGUCGUCUUCCUGUGUGUUUGGGCCGGAGGGCCGGAGGGCGUCCUGUGUGUUUGUAUUCGUGCGCGAGCCGGUAGGAGCCCUGGUUUCCUGCGAAUCUUGCGAUUCGGAAACCCG